AUGAGUUGUAUCUCGUGUGGAUUCAAAAUUAUUACUCGGAAGCCUUGGCUUGCUAAAUACCGAGUAGUCUAUAAGACUUCUAGAGGUGCUCAUCUAUCUGAUGUCGUCACGUAUAGUGAUGAAAGGCACAAAGACUAUUCUUAUCAUUAUGAAGAAGGAGGCACCAUGGAGCUUGCGAGGGACAAAUACCUUAUUCAUGAACUCUGCUGGAGCCGUCUUUUGGCACAUUUCGAUCAAAUCUCGCUCGACAGACUCUUUGAAGUGUUCAAGUAUAUGCCUUCUGCAAUGUAUACAGAAAGAUUGGAGACCCUUCGAUACGUAAAUCCCGACCAGCUGCCCAGUGUUACAACAUGCCGAGAAGUAAAGGAGGAAUUUCCAACACCCAGCCAAGCAAUUUGUGACUCAAUGAAUAUAAUAUCGCCAUAUGACUGCUUUGCCCUCUUACCCCUGGAGCUAAGAGUGGAAAUUGCAGCUCAUCUCUCAACAAUGGAUUACCUUGGUCUUCGCUAUUGUUCACGGGCGAUGGCAGCUGUUUUCAACAAUGAGGCAUUCUGGAAGACACGAUUUCUAGUCCAUCGAGAGCGUGGCUUUUUCGCCUAUCUUGCAGAUAAUCAACCAAAUGGUCUGUCAUCUACAGGUUGGAGAUUGAUAUAUCACCGCACAAACCGCGUAAAUCGAUAUAAUCCUGCCUGGAAAGCAAUGCGAAGGCAAUGGAAGACCAACACCUGGUUUCAGGACAGAUAUUCGAUGGCCAGGGCACCAGAUAUCAGUCAUCAAAUGCGUUCUAAAAAAAGACUACAUUGGGAGACAGCGCAGAGGCAUCAAUGUCGCAGCAACGGAAAGUGUUGUGGCGAUUGUAAUUUCUGUCGUCACUUGUUCAGCAUUAAUGAGUUCACCCAGAGCAUCCGCAUCUCCUCUGUUGUCAAGAUUAUAGUCUCGAUACUCCAUGAGGCAGAGAAGACUUUUAUUACAGGGUUAGAACUCAUCCAGAAAGACAGUACAACACCUGUUGCUAUUGGAUAUCAAACGUCUCGACAAGAGACAAUCGACCUUCAGGCUCACCAAUUGCGAGGAUUUAUCGUCAACACGGGCCCUCGAGGCAUCCAUGCCCUACGUCCGGUUACUAACAAAAAGCUAGAUUGGGUAGGGCGUCUGGAAGAUACGGGAAACGUGGAACUCCUCUCAACUCGAAUCAAGGUUAUUGCAGGAACUUUCGAUGUGAGUACCUGA